UAUUCGCACGAGUGUUCUUAACCUGAUCUGUGGUUAUCCGCGGCGAUCGUUGUGCCAUACCUCGAUCCUUUGGGCGAACCAAAAAGUCAAUAAUCAUAAAAACACGCGUCAGCUUACUCCCAUUCGUAACGUUUCAUCAACCGUACGUUUCUCGUAGGACGGUGCGUAGCGUAACAGUCUUAAGCAAAACACACUGAACUUCUUUAUAGAAAAUAAAGUGAAAUUUUAUGUUUAUAAUUAAGAACAACUCGCGCGGAAAGCUAAAAGAAUUAAAUAAAUUUGAUUUAAAAAAUAAAAAUUUUUAAUUUACAAAUAACAAACCUAAAAAGAAAACACAACGAAAGCGAACAGUGAGAGAGAGACUCAAAAACAACAACGCUAAUCGCCACAAAAGUGAAGUKUGAAGUGCGAAAUUCAACGCCAACUGCCAACAUACACGAACACACUUACGCAAAGAAAACCAUUUUCUAACCGCACAUUUUCCAUUUUUCUUCGGUGAAUUUUCGUCGUUCCGCUGAAAAUCGCGCGUGACGCGUCGUCCUCUAUACGUCUUUUUCUGUGUUAUUUCUUGCCGCCACUUCGCCUUCAACUGCCAAUUUGCCACAUAAAUACAAARGCACAAACUCAUUUUGCAGAGACUUUUGCGCAGGCCUUCAAACUUCAGACUGUGUUAACCUUUAGAAAUUAUUAAGCAUCAACAUCAUAUAUAAAAUGUCACACAACAUUAGAAUUUUAUUGGCGAUCAUCGCUUCAAUUGUCACAAUAUGCUCAUCACUGCCAGAUUAUCACAAACAAAUGUCACCCACACAACUGCAAUCGGUGUUCCACGUCGCCGAUGUAAGCGCCGUGCCGCACUAUGAAGUCGUGCAGCUGUUGCAUAGCAGUUUUGACGACGGUUUGGCGUCACUCYCUGAACAUUAUCGUCGUCGUCGGCGACGCAGCAUCAACAGUGUUGAYGGAGAUGCUCGUCCGACCAUCAAAGAGCCACAUCAUGUGAAGAAGGAUUUGAGUAAAAAUCCUUAUUAUAGUGAAUUGAAAGCUGCCGCUAAUACGCCAGGUGCUGGUGGUGUGAAUAGUCUAGAGCAAGCGGCGAAUGGCAAAUUCGCUGGUGAUUUACGAGAGUUAAAAGAGCACAAARUUUCGUUUAAUGCUUUCGGUGAGAAUUUGAAUUUAACCUUGAAGCGAACGGAUAGUCUGUUCAAGGGCGGUUCCCCGCAUACGCUGCGUAUGUGGACUGUGCGCGACGAGGCGAAUGCGACGCAUGGUUUGGAUCUGCAGGAAGUUUUCGAUGAGGUAAGUGAAAGCAAUUAUAAUAAGCUGAAUAUAACAAACUAG